UCUCUCAACUUCUCACUCCUCACUCCUCACUUCACACUAGAGAGAGAGAGAGAGAGAGAGGUUUUGUCUGUGUUUGUGAAAUCUCUGCCAUUCAUCUCUCACUCACUCUCUAUUUCUACACUGUUCUCUCAACGGAUCUUUUUUCCUUUUAUCUGCCUCUUCUCCUGACCUAUUUCUUCAGCUGCACAAAAACCUUUCUUUGCAUCUUUACCACUAAUAGUCACUUCCUGUUUGGCAACUUUCCUUUCCUUUCCUUUCCUUUCUAUCUUUGGGGACAAAACCAAUUCUGGGUUUUUCAAGGGUUUUGAAUGGAAUUCCCUUUUUUUGGUUUUCUAAAGUAGAGAAAAUGAUGUUCUGUUUUCUCUUCUAACAGAAUUUUUGUUUUGAUGAACUUUUUAGUGGCUUUUUGUUCUGGUUUGUCUUGAAAAUUUUGUUCUGAAACUGGUUUUGGGUUUUCUUUUUUAUAUUAAAGAGAAUAUACAUAGUUUAUGUAUUUUUUCCCCCUUUAAAAAAAUAAGAUUCUAGGCUUUUCAUCUCUUCUAAAAUAUUCUCAAACUCUUGGCUUUUUUCUCAUUUUUAUGUUUUGCUUAAAGCCACACAACUUUUCUUGGAUAUUUCUGUUUUAGGGUUUAGGGUUUUGCAUUCCCAAUUCCCAAUUCUCACAUCAAAAGUGAAUUCCAGUUUUUCUUGGAAUUGAUUCUGAAAAUUAUCUCUUAAUUAUAUUUGAAACUGCAAUUAAGAAAUGCAAUUACUGUAAAUUCUGGGUUUUCUGUAAAUUCUCAAAAUUGGGAGUUGAGUUUCCUCUUCUAAUAAAUUAUUUUAAUUUCCAAAAUGUCUUCUCCUUGUUUAAGUGGAGGUGGAGGCAGAACCUAUGGUUUUGAAUUAGAAAUAGUGAAAUCUCCAUCUACUUCAACAAGAACUUCACACACAUCUUCUCCAUCUUCUACUAUCUCUGAAUCCAGCAAUUCCCCAUUAGCAAUUUCCACAAGAAAACCUCGCACUCCACGAAAACGACCAAACCAAACCUACAAUGAAGCAGCUGCACUUCUUUCUACUGCCUAUCCAAACAUCUUUUCCAAUCAAUUUACGAAUCCGCGCAAAUUCACCAAACCACAUCAAGACACUCUUCUUCUUGACGAAUCCUCUCCUGAAUUGCUCUGGCCUUUUCGAGUUUUCGACGACCACUCUGGUUUUCUACUCCAUCAACCUAUUGAAAAUGAAAAACCCAAUUUCUUGAAUGAGGCGAAAGUCUUGAAUUCCGUUAGUUCUUGUGAUAAGCUUGAUUCCCAUGGGAGUUCAAUGGAAUUCUGCGAUGGUUAUGAGGAGGAUUUCGAUGCUGAGUCGAUUCUUGAUGAGGAAAUUGAAGAGGGAAUUGAUAGUAUUAUGGGGAAUCUAAGCGUGACUAAGGAAAAGGCUUACGAAGGAUCCAAUAAAGAUGGGAAUUCCUGGUAUGGGAAUCCAGCGGGAUACCAUUUUGGCGGGAGAUUCCAACUUGGAUUUGGAAAUGGAAUGGGAAAGGGAGUUAGAGCUUUUAGAAAUGGAGAUGGAGGAAAUUGGUGGAGUUUUCCAAUCGUCGAUAUGCUUCAAAUCUCGCCGAGGCUUAACAACAACAACAACCACAAUAAGAAUUCAGAUUCUAAUUUUAAUUCAAACUCGAAAACGAAGCCGAAGCCGAAGCCGAAGCAAAAGGCUAAUUCCGGUGAGAAAAAGAAAAAGAAAGUGGAGAAACCGGUCGUGGAAUCGAAGAAUUUGGAAUUGGAUAUAGAUGAGAAUUCAAUUCCGCAAUCGAAUUCGAGUUUGUUAUUGAAAUUAAACUACGACAACGUUUUGAACGCUUGGUCCGAUCGUGGGUCGCCAUUUUCCGAUGAAAUUUCAGGAGCCGAAGGAGGAAACGAUGUCUCUGCCAGGUUGGCGCAGAUUGAUCUAUUUUCAGAAAGUGGAGGUAUAAGAGAGGCUAGUGUGUUGCGCUACAAAGAAAAGCGGCGUACUCGCCUCUUCUCUAAGAAGAUCAGAUACCAGGUUAGGAAAGUCAAUGCUGAUCAACGGCCCAGAAUGAAGGGGCGAUUCGUAAGGCGGCCAAAUUCGAGUGGAAAUAGUCAAAGAGGAGAAGAAUAACAAUUGUCUUAAAUUUCAACUCUUACCCUUUGUUGUUUGAUUAAUGCAUUCUAUUUUGUAAUCUCUCAUACUAAAAACUCAUGAGGAGAUGGAGACUUGUCAAGCAGAGAAAAAAAAGAGUAAGAUAAACAGAUUUUUGCCUAGCCUUUCUUUUCUUUUUUCCCUACUAUGUUUUUCUUUGUUUUCUAAUCUUUGAUUAAAAGAUGUCUUCCCUUU